CCGUUUCACUGGGUUCAGCGCCUAGCCUCGAGCAUCAUGAGCUCCUGCAGCAUGCACCAUGUCAUGAGCCAUGAGCUAAAGGGACUCGAAACGUUUGUCGCGCAAGGUCUCGCCAAGCUCCCGACACUCACGGCGGACGCUUCCGUCAAAUGUGCACACAAAACGUGUUCCGUGUAUCAUGGGACAUGCUCGGGCUUGCUUCGCGAGGUGCUGGACCACAUGGCCCAAUUUUCUCCCAAACACUGCAAGUUAAUCGCAGAUAUUUGGGACGUGGCCUCCGUGAACGUCCUGUUGCUGCUAAAAGUGUGCCAGGCAGCAGUUCAAGAAAAGCUGCAAGUUCAGGGCGACUUUGCCCAGUUUACCCGAUUUAGCCAGAAUUGCUCCAUCGACCAGACAGCACAAGUAAGCACUCUGGCUGCCACCGUCGAGGCGUUGAAGACUGAGCUGCGAGAGACAAAAGCCGAGAUGCAAACGAUGCAGCGCCGGCUGGGACGCGCCGUGUUUGAAAAGGAACGGCUGGAAAAAAUCUUGGAUCGCGUCACGAGCACUGCAAACGGUACGGACACGCCCCAUCAAGACUCAGAGGACGAAGACGACGACAUGGCAGCGGAAGGGUUCUUGAUUCGGCACCACGACAUUUUGCACUACCAAGAAGCCACACCUCUCGAAACGGUCGUCGACGACUUGGAAAAGUUGUUCGGCGCGGUCGAACAGGAAAAUUCAAAUCAACUGGCGACCGUCAGUCAUCUGGAUCGGUACAUCGACUCGAAUUUGGUGUCGAUCUUGUGGAAGCACCAAGCUGCGAGCCAUCGCAACCCGUUUGUCGAGAAAAUGUUUUGCACGGAAGCCAAAACAACACAAACGGAUGAAACUCUUACUCGGGGAGACGACGAAAACCAACAAUUGGAGCUCGACGAGUCCCUACAAAGCCCACGCAUGCGCAAAAAGAUCUUGGCCAUUCCCUCGUGUAUACGUUCGUUACUGGACUCGGUCCCGAAAGUGCACAAAAUGCUCAACAAGCGCACAUUGGGGCAUACGAUUCUGACGCUGUAUAUUCGAAAGCUUGACAGCGAACGCACAAAGCCCAACAUGACGUUUCCCUUGUCAAUUCGGGAGUAUUUUAUGUUCAAAUUCGGCCUCAAGUCCCUCACGGACUUCCACUUGGUCGAGUUGGUCAAGAGCGUGAUUUAUUCGCGGCGGAAACUCGAAAACUUUACUGCGCUCUACGACACCGAUAAAAGUGGCUGCAACUUAUUGUGGGAAGACGCCCGCAUUUUUCUAUUUGGCCGGUUUCUGAAUAUAUUCCCCGACGAAGCGCUGUGCUCGUACCUACCUGAGGAAGGCGUGGCCACGUUGCUGGAUUUUCUGGGAGAUGUUUUGGAGUUGGACCCAACAGUCACAUCGCUUCAAGCUGUUCUGGAAAUUGAUGGACCCGUGAUGUUGACACGCGAUGUCGUCGUGUUGGUGUGGAAAACACAUUUUGGGUACAUCCUCCCUGAAAUCCAAACCAAGGUCGAGUAUGAUCUCAACGAACACGACCGAGAUCACGCGACAAGCGUCGACAUGGAUUGGGUCCUGUCGUAUGUGUUGUAUCAAUGGAGCAACUCGGAGCUCGAGUUGGACGGCACGAUUCGCCGAGCUUUCCGGGACGUGUUGAUGGCCACAAGCGGCUCCCAUCCAUCCAAUCUCCUGCUCCAAAUGGACGGCUUCGUCACAGCGGUGCAGCAGGUGUGGCCCGACUGCAACGAAUACGACAUGCAGCACUUAUACAUGGACAUGAUGGCGACAAAACGGGAGAAUUUUCGCCUCGCAAGUGAACGCCGCCGAAAAGAAAAACUGCGCACAGUCAAGACCAACCACGUCGCAGCGACGACUGUUUUGGGGAUUGAUGGCGUGUUCGAAGAAGAAUUUGUUGCCAAAAUCGGGAAAUUACUUCGGGGAAGACGGGUCAAAUGGGGCAUUCGAACCCGAGGACAGCUACUGUGGCAUGCGGCCAAGGGAGUCUGGCUUGGAGGGUGUGGCAAAGUCGUGGCGAACGCCACAUUUCAACAGAAUACGCUCAAGCCAGGCACAAACUUCGUAUAGAAGCGCCAGUGUAUUCAGACACAAUUCCCAUCGACAUGUCUGUUAACCGUGCUGGGUUGAACCUUU